CACCUAGUGCCAGCCAAGGCAGGCCAAAUUGCUGGCCGCCAGGCGCAGGCGGCACACUAUCGAUAUGCAGCCGAAGGGCCUCAUGGCUGCCUCUCAAAGCCGUCUCAAGCGCUUCCAGGCAACGGUUCCGCUGGAGACGACGAGUGCGAGUGGAGCGGCUGAAGACGACUCCAUCAAAACCAAAAGCCACACCACAUACCCCACAAGGGCUGCGCUGGGCAACGUAAGCGUCGUGCCGGAUUAGGAACAGAUCUUUGAUAUCGCGCGGGCAUUCGAGGCCUCGACACCUUUUCCAUCAGGCCAGAUCCUUGUAUCCAGCCCUUGGAUAGCCCAAUGGCGCCAGCUACAUGCCACUACGGACCACCCUGCAGACGGUCCAGCACGGCGACGAAACAGACCGGUGCAAUCGAGAAAUAACGCCCUGCCACACGCAAUUAUGAAAAUUGCAGUACGCUAACAGGUCCGAGGAGCCUUUGUCUCAGACCCACUCAGACAAACGCCUCGGUUCAACAUGUUCCCAAAGCAAUGCAUACGGUGCGGUGCGGUGCGAGCUCAACACUUGGUGUUUGAGGGUUGCCGACGUCAGUCGACAGCGUCAAAUGCUGUCAAGAAACGACUGACGUAGCUGGAGCCAUUCUAUAGCACGCGCUUAUGCUAUGCUAACCACUCUCUCCGAUUAAAUGCACGGGCUGGGAACGACGCUCGACUACAC